AUGUCGUACGUCCCGGGCCAGCCCGUCACCGCCGUGGUGCAAAGAGUUGAAAUUCACAAGCUGCGUCAAGGUGAGAACUUAAUUCUGGGCUUCAGCAUUGGAGGUGGAAUUGACCAGGAUCCCUCCCAGAACCCUUUCUCAGAAGAUAAGACGGACAAGGGCAUUUACGUCACACGGGUAUCCGAAGGAGGCCCUGCGGAAAUUGCUGGGCUGCAGAUCGGGGACAAGAUCAUGCAGGUGAACGGCUGGGACAUGACCAUGGUCACACACGACCAGGCCCGGAAGCGGCUCACCAAGCGCUCGGAGGAGGUGGUGCGUCUGCUGGUGACGCGGCAGUCGCUGCAGAAGGCCGUGCAGCAGUCCAUGCUCUCCUAG